UUCGGUUCUUAUUUUGAAAUUGCCGACGCGUUGUUGGAGAUAAUUAAUAGAGUUUUUUUAUUUAUUAAAUUUUUACUAUCUAGUCUGUAUUAAUUUAAUAAUGAGUUUUGUAACUCAGAAAGUUUUACUGUGUGCUCUUUGUGAAAAGAUAGUAUCUGUUGAGGAAGAUAAUUUUCCUGAAGAUUUACAUGCUUUACUCUCCAAAUAUUGUAUUCCGCAACUGCACUGGAUUUGCAAAUCUUGCGAGAAACAAAAUAGCUUGAAAAAUAGUUUUGGGAAAAGAUCCGAUCUAGAAGAUGACAUGAAAUUAAUAAAGGCAAAAUUAGAAAAUUUAGAAUUUGAAGUGACUGAAAUAAAAAAGUUUGUUAAUCUGAAAUCAAAGGAUUAUGAUUCCGGCUUUGUUAGUAGUUCUGGAUUUUCAGGAGAAUCUUCGUCUGAUAUGGAUUAUCCAAACACAGAGGGAAAUUCAGGCAUAAAUUUUAGAACCUACAGAAAAGUGGAUUGUCAUUCUGCAAAUUCUGAAGACUUCCAAAGAGUUGAACAUUGUUCUUCAUCAGAAUUGAAUUACUCUCAGCAUGUGGAUUCAUGCAGUUCAUCAGUAAUUCAAGAUGAUCAGAGAUCUAUUUCUUCAUCAUCUUCAUUUAGUAGUUUGAAAAGUGUGAAAACUUGUUUUUCUGCAGUACCUCAAGAAAAUCGGGUAGUUGAUUGCCAUUCGCCAUUAAGUGCUACAGGAUCUUGCAGUGUUAUUUCUCAUUCAGGUAACUUAAGCUCCGGGUUAGAAGAAGCAUCUCCAAAGAAAAAGAAAGAAGCCCAUGCAUUGAUACAUCUUAUUUCAAAUACAAAAAUAAAAAUUGAUGAUAAAGAAUCAGCAAAAAGCAGUAAUAUAGUGGAUGUUUUCUUGAAAUGGAUUACACAAUUCUUGAAAAAAGAUGCUGUAUUCAAUAGUUUAUAUUUAAGAGAUUACAGAACUGGUAGUUCCUAUAAUGAUCUAAGAAUUUCAGAUGCUUCUGAAUAUGAUGUUGAUAUUGUUUUCAAGACUCCAUCUGAAAUAAAUUUAGAGGUUGAAUUUUUCAAGGAGAUUAUGGCUUAUGCAAAAAUUAAAUGGCAAAAAAUGGGUGAUAUUCCUACUAACAAGGCAGAUGUUCUGAAAUUUUUUGAAAAAAAUUCAUUGGAUGGAUAUCUUGUACCUUUGAAAAUUUCUGCAUGGUUUCAACGUCUGAUUGAUUUAUUUUUAUCAAGUGAUCCUAAAAUCCCAGGAAUUAAACAGAUAAAAAAUCGUCAAAGUGGCCCUGCCAGAACAAUUGAAAUUGUGACUAAUGAAGGUUAUGUUUUACACAUUGAUCUUGUUCCAGUUUUUAUUUUCCCAUAUGAUGUUUUAGAAACAACAAAGAUAAAUGAUAUACUAGAAAGAUAUCCUGUCAAUAAAUCUAAACAAUUUUGGUUUUUAGUGCCAAAACAAUGUCAAGGUGAAGGCCAAUUGUUGGCCUCCGAUUGUAAAUUGUCUUGGAGAGUUGAUUUUCCAGAGGUAGAAAGAAAAGUAUUGCAUAAUAAGCAGUCAGCAAAGCAAGUUAUUAGACUUUUAAAGCUUUUAAGAGAUAAAGAAAGAUGGAAUAUUGCUUCUUAUUAUUUAAAAACAUUGAUCCUUUGGAGUGUGGAUAAAAAUCCUGACACAGCAUAUUGGCAAGGAAAUUCUCUAUUUGAGAGAUAUUUGGAGACAAUGAAAUUUUUGCAAGAAUCUGUAAAGAACCAACACUUGCCUUUCUUUAUGGAUCCAGCCUAUAAUCUUUUUCAUGCCUUGAAUAAAGAUGAGUGCAAAAAUCUGAGCAAUCGUCUUCAACGCAUUAUUACAUCCAUUGAAGCAGAUCAUAAUAAUUUAAAUAAUAUUUACUCUUAAAUGUAAAAUCUGUUACACCAGUUUUGAGUAAGUUAUCUAUCCAGUGGCAUAGUAUGGGUAAGUGGUACCCAAAGAAUGAUUAAUUUUUUUUUUGUCCCAAUUGGAUUAUUAGUUUCAAAUAAUGUCCAGGGCAUUGAAUUAUUUUUUAAAUCUCUUUAUUAUUGGUUUUAAAAAGAUAAUAUGAAUGUAUUAAUGUUUUUUUUUUACUCCAUAGUGCCUCUAUAAUUAGUGCCCAAGGUAUUAUUACCUCCGUUGUUCAUUUCUUACUAUGUCACUGAAUGUAUUACAUCUGGAUUUUUCAUUUUUUUAUGAGAUAUUUUUUUACAAAAGUGAUCUUAGAUGAAUAUUUUUAACUUAUUUUUAAGAAGUCAAGAAUUAUUGUCAAUAAAGAAAAUAUAAUAAUGUAAACCUGACAGUUACAUAAGUCAGUAUUUAAACUAUAUAGUUGGUAGGAAAAUUGAAAAUAGAAAGUAAUUUUCAGACUGUCUGUGCCUUCAGAUUAUCUUUUAUUUAUGAUUUGAAUAAAGGGCAAGACAGCUUUCAUGACUGUUUAGUCAAGCUGAAAUGACAUUCAUUAUUGAAGUUAAAGAAGUGUAUGUGUACCUUCUGAGUCUCAAUUUGUUUAUUUUUUUGGAAGCAGAGGCAUCUUUUCUUUAAUUUUUUUGGAAGCAGAGGCAUUUUUUGCAAUCCUAAUAUGAAGAAUCAAAGAAUGAAUUUGAAUAUGUUACUUUUUGCAUUUAUUAUAAUGCUUUAUGCUAAAGCUCAUUUAAGUAAAUUGCAGGAUGAAGCUAUGAUAUCAGUUAACAAUGAAUGCUUAUUUAGAUUAUACUGUCAUUUUUUGUCAAAAAUAUAAUAUUUGACAAUUUGUAUUGAAUUUGUAACCAAAUUAUUCCUGUCUUGCGAUAUCUUGAAAUUGUGGAAAAAUAUCCACCGAAAUUGCUUCAUUUCUAAUUAAAAAUAAAUGAAUUUUUGCAUUAGUUUUAUAUUGUAAAAAUGUCCCGUGAUUAAAAGGAGAUAUUAUUGUUUUCAUGGAGAUACGUUGUUGAAGUUUGAAAAUAUGAAAAUCUUACCUUAAAAAAAUCAUUGAAAAAGCUCAUUUAACUGACAUUUUAUUUCAUUUUAUUAUAAGUUAAAAACUGCUAGUUACAUUUUAAUUAUUUUGUAAUUGUAAGGUUUAUCUGCACAGUUUUUAUUGCUAUUUCUCAUUAAAUAGCUAUUUGUUGAUUUCACAUCGUUUAAACUUAGCCAUAUUUGGUAAUGUGUUAGUUUACCAGAAUUAUAAGUUGCAAAAAAUUUCAAUUAAAUAUUUCAUGUAAAUCAGUCUCAGCAAAUUAUUUUCAAACUGCAACUUUUGACAUUCUGACAUGCAUAUAUAAUAAAAUACUAUUUUAGGAAUCUGUUACUUUCUUCUGUUUUUUACUGUGCUGUGCAUUUCUCUGAUGUUUUGUAUAUAUAUAUUCGAUUAUAUCAUUCUAAAGAGCAACAGUGUUUAAAAAUGCAUGUCCUUUUUCACAAAUUUUUUUCUCUUAUUUCUUGAUUUUGAAGUUAAAUUAUAAAUGUGAGUACAAAAAAAUUCCAUUAUAAGCAUACUUUCUGUUGAAAUUUACUCAACAUGAAAAAAAUUAGCUGAUUCUUCAUAUCUGGGUUAUAAACAAUUGAAAAAAAAAAAAUCAAAAUUUUCAUGGCGACAAUGAAAAUGAUUUAAGUUUGAUUUCAACAAUGAAAUACAUUGUUACAAAUUAUGCUUAAAACAUUUUUUAAAGAUUAAUUUAAAUUAUAAAAAAAAUUAUAAUACUGCAAAAAAAAAAAAAAAAAAACUGAUGUAAUUAAAGAAUUUGAAUUAUAUGAUAAUGUAAAUAUAAUUUUUGUGUUGUAAUAUUUCCAAAAGUUGAAAAUAUUUAAAUAUAAAUGGCAUAAAGGCAUAAAAGUUUCGACUAUUUUUGAAUUAGUUAAAAUUUUAAAAAAUCAUUUUCAGGCGCACUUUAUUGCUCUCCAUAGUAUAAAGUACCUGGUAUGACUAUUCUAGGUCAAAUGGCCUGUAGAGAACAUAUACACAUACAUAUUCAUACAUGUAUUAUUAGUAGAGAUAAAAAUUGGGCAUUUUAAUAACAUAAUUAAUUAGCUACAAUUAGUAUGCCUUUGCUUUCUAUUUGCACAGUAAAACGAAAUUUAAGAAUGUGCCAUAUUUUAACAUACAGAUAUUUUUAAUAAAGAAAAUUUUUUAGCAGAGUUAAAUAAAAAUUUUCUAUGUUCUGUGAUAUAAAAUCU